UCCAGUCAGAGCAGACCGACAGACGCCAGGCUCCAUCAACAUGACCUCCUUCUCCAGCAGCAGCUUCAGAUCCUCCGGAGGAUCCGCCAUGGGCUCCUCUCGUCUCUCCAUGUCUGGUGGGGGCGGAGGCCGCAUCAGUGCCAUGAGGGCCGGCAGCGUGUACGGAGGUGCCGGGGGCUCUGGGGUGCGCAUCUCCAGCGCCAGCUCUUCCUUCUCUGCCGGGGGUGGAGGUGGUUAUGGCAUGGGCGGAGGAGCUGGCUUCGGGGCUGGUGGUGGCGGCGGCUUCGCCCUGUCUGACGCUCUCACCGUGUCGACCAACGAGAAGGCCACCAUGCAGAACCUGAACGACCGUCUGGCCACCUACCUGGUCAAGGUCCGCACCCUGGAGAAGGCCAACGCAGAGCUGGAGCUGAAGAUUCGUCAGUUCUUGGAAAGCAAGCUGCAGCCCUCCGCUCACGACUUCAGCGGGUUCCACGUCACGAUCAGUGAACUUCAGCUCAAGAUCCAGGAUGCCACACGCCUCAACGGUGGCAUCUACCUCAGCAUCGACAACGCUAAGCUGGCAGCAGACGACUUCAGGGUCAAGUACGAGGCGGAGCUGUCCAUGAGGCAGUCUGUGGAGGCCGACAUCGCCGGGCUGCGCAGGGUGCUGGACGAGCUGACCCUGGCCAGGUCCGACCUGGAGAUGCAGAUCGAGGGACUGAGGGAGGAGCUGGUCUUCCUCAAGAAGAACCACGAGGAGGAGCUCCUGGCCAUGCGCGCCCAGAUGACGGGCCAGGUCCACGUGGAGGUGGACGCCGCGCCUCAGGAGGACCUGAUGAAGGUCAUGGCUGACAUCAGAGAGCACUACGAGGCCGUAUCUGCCAAGAACCAGAGAGACCUGGAAGGCUGGUUCCAGUCCAAGACCGAGUCGCUAAACAAAGAAGUCUCCGUCAGCACGGAAGUGCUCGUCACGUCCCGGUCGGAAAUCACGGAAGUCAAACGCACCCUGCAGAGUCUUCAGAUCGAACUGCAGUCACAGUCCAGCAUGAAAGCGUCUCUGGAGGGCACCCUGUCUGAGACCCACAGCCGCUACUCCAUGCAGCUGUCCGGGUUCCAGAUGCAGGUGAGCAGCCUGGAGGUGCAGCUGGGUGGGCUCCGAGCCGACCUGGAGCGCCAGGGCCAGGAGUACAGGAUGCUGCUGGACAUCAAGACCAGGCUGGAGAUGGAGAUCGCAGAGUACAGGAGGCUCCUGGACGGAGAGGCCACUACUGUUCAGCAUUCGUCCACCACAACCCGCAAGGUGGUGACCAUCGUGGAGGAGAUUGUGGAUGGCAAGGUGGUCAGCACGUCCAGUGCGGCUGUGAGCAACACCCUGUGAAGAGCAUCUGGAAAGGAGAUCCUCGCAGAACAGAACAGGGAAAACCUACAACUUUCCACAACCCUUGAGAGACGUACAAAUAAAAAGAGUUCUGAGGUGUUUACAUGA